AUGGAAAUCAUGGACACUCAGUGUGCCUUGGAGGCUGUGGAGCGGCUGCAAGCCAAACUGAAGGAGAGAGGGGAGGCCCCCACACAGGAGAAACUCUCCUUGUUAAAGACUGUCCUGCAGAGCCCCCUGUUCCAUCAUAUACUCAGCUUACAGCAAGCUCAGCGGAAGCCCCCAGCAAAGGGGAAGGGCAUUUCCAAAUCUGUGUCCAUGAACUGUGGCCCAUGCCAGGGCAUGGUGCUGGAUCUGAAGACGCUGAGUCACAGCGACUCCUACACAUGGGCCAUGGAAAACAGAAGACCCAGCACGGCCAGAUCCUUCCACAAGAGUGGUAGCAUCUCCUCUUUGGGCUCACAGGAGAUGUCCUUUACUGACAUCUACCCAGAAAACUGUGUUCCCACUGAAUCUCAGUACUGCACUCCCCCUCGAAUACCCCGAUCCAUGUCAAUGGGGAGAAACUUGUCUGCUAUUGCUCAUGAGAGGCGUCAUGUGGAGAUGAUAGAGUUGAUCAAUGAUGGGAAGGGUCUUGGCUUUGGCAUCAUAGGAGGGCGCAGCACAGGAGUCAUGGUCAAGACCAUCCUUCCAGGAGGAGCUGCUGGACGGGAUAAACGUCUGCGUAGCGGAGAUCAAAUCCUGCGCAUUGGAGAUACAGAUCUGGCUGGCAUGAACAGCGAGCAGGUGGCACAGGUGCUGCGAAAUGCUGGUACCAAGGUGAAACUGCUCAUCGCUAGGGAUAUUACCAAGGACAACCACCUUUCGUCUCCUGUCCUCAGCCAGGGCAGCUUGGAUGACAAGCUCAAUGACAUGGACGACGACUAUGAGUUCAGUGUGCAGUUCACUAAAAACAACCGGGGCCUGGGAUUCACUAUUUCUAGCUACAUAGGAGACCUUAACUCAGUUUACAGCGCUGGCGUGAUAGUAAAGAGCAUAGUGAAAGGCAGCACUGUCGAUCAAGAUGGACGCAUCCACCUUGGAGACAUCAUCCUGUCUGUUGAUGGGCUGAGCUUGCAGGGCUGUAGUGAGCAACGUGCAAUGGAAGUGCUGAGGAGGACAGGGCCCCUGGUCAGGCUAAGGUUGCUGAGGAAAGCCGUCCGUCUGAGCCACAUCUUGCCCCCGGCCCCUCCCCUGCAGCCCCUCCGACACUCCCACAGUUUCCAUGAGGGCAAUCCCUACAGAGUGGGCCUCAACAAGAUUCAGGAGACAGGAAUCUGCUCACUGCGUGAAAUCUCCCGGAGAGCAGCAUACGCCAACAGACGACCCCAACAUGAUUCCAGAAACAGAGUGAAACUGACGCAAGCUGAGGAGGAAGACCUGAGGGGGAGGUGGCAGCAUGCAGUUGGACCCCGAUAUGAAGUUAUUGUUUGUCAGCUGCAGCGUUUCAGUGAGACAAGUGGUCUCGGCAUCAGUCUAGAGGCUCGGGCAGGACAUCACUACCUGUGCUCUGUCUUACCUGAGGGGCCUGUUGGUCAAAGCAACAAGGUCUUCAAUGGAGACCAGAUACUUGAGGUGAAUGGGAUCCCGCUCAUUGGAGAGACACACAGGGAGGUGGUCAAUAUCCUGAAGGAGCAGCCGAUGUGUAUAUGCCUGGUGUGCUCUCGCAUUAUACCCCCUGCAAUUCCCGACAGUGAUGAGGAAGAGGAUGAUGAUUCCCGUCUCACCCUGAAAGAGCUUCUGGCUGAGUUCAAUGACAAGUUGGACCAGGGCUGUAUCAUACCCUGUCCUACAGCUGAGGACAUCACCAAACGUGGCGUACCUCCCAUGUCACCUCCGCUGGCCAUGUGGGAGAGAGAGUCUCAGGUGGUGGAGCUGGAGAAAGGCGAGUCAGGACUGGGCUUCAGCAUCUUGGACUACCAGGAUCCAGAAGAUGCCACUAAAACUGUUCUGGUAAUCCGGUCCUUGGUGCCUGGAGGUGUGGCGGAUCGAGAUGGUGGCCUGCUUCCUGGAGACAGACUCAUGUUCGUCAAUGAGACUGAUUUGGAAGGCUCCAGCCUCGAUUAUGCCGUGCAUGUACUAAAGUCCACCGGCUAUGGCCCUGUGCACAUUGGUGUUGCCAAACCACUUCCGCUGGAAUUGUGCGGUGGCUUGACGCCCAUCUCGGAGAGGAGCGCUCGGGCUUCUUGCGAUGACACUGAAAGCCACACUCAGGUCAGCCUUCUAGCUGAAGCAGCGGAGGCUAACACCAAUACUUGCAACUCUGAGGACAACAGCAUCAUCCAGCCGUAUUACACUACUACGGACAACCAGCUGCGUCAGCGCUUUGGCAUCAUGGAAGCCGACAAUAGGCAGCAAGCACCGCCUCUGUCCCCCCGCAGCAGCUUUGAGAGGACAAUCACUGUUGUCCGGGGCAACCGUAGCCUUGGGAUGUCGGUGAGUGCUAUCAAGGACGGCUCAGGCAUGCUGGUGCGCAGUGUGGUCCAAGGGGGCUCUGUUAGCCAGGAUGGCAGGCUAGGGGUGGGGGACGCCAUCUUGGCCAUCAAUGGAGAACCUACCUUCCAGCUGUCCAAUGCCAAGGCCAGGGCCAUGCUCCGCAGACACUCUGUCAUAGGGCCAGAGAUGAGUAUAACCUAUGUCCCAGCCAGUCAAGUCGAUGAGCACCGUGCCCGCUUUUGUUUGCCCCCUCUGGCAUCCAUCUCAGCAGACAGAUCAUCUCCCUCCCCCACACCACCGACCCCUUCUCCAGAACCUGUGUUGGCUCCAGCCAGAUCCCCCGGUCCAGUCAGAGCUGCAGCUCCAGCUCCAGCUCUAUCUACCCUCAAGCCCUCUGCCUCAGUGAAAUUUAAAGCCACAGUUCCAGAUCCAGCCACAGUCAGAGCCUCUACUUCGGUCAGAGCUCCGUUCAAAGGCCCAGCCACAGUCUCCACCAUCACCCCAUCCCCAGACUCAAGUUGGCAGAUCCCAAAAUCUCUGCCUCACAAGAAGAAGGAAGAAGGAAAAACAGAUGGCCAGACUGUGGAGGACAAAAAGGUCAAGAGUAGUGCAGAUGGUAGAGUACCAAAGAAGCUGGAGGUGGAAAUAAAGGUGGACGGUAAAGAAGAGGAAGAUGACGAGCAUUAUUCUCCCAUCCCUGUGUCUUGGGAUCAGGCUAGAAGCGUGCGGCUGACUCGAGCACCAGGCCAGUCCCUGGGUAUCAGCAUAAUGGGAGGCAGAGGCAUGGGCCAAAGACUGAGCAGUGGAGAAAUGAUGAGGGGAGUCUUCAUCAAGCACAUCAGCCCCGACAGUCCGGCAGCGCAUAAUGGCACCCUACGGACUGGAGACAGGAUACUAGAGGUGUGCAGUAUGGACCUAAGAGAUGCCAGCCAUGAGCAGGCAGUGGAUGCUAUCCGCAGAGCAGGAGACUCUGUAGUCUUCCUGGUCCAGUCUGGACAACACAGAUCACAGUCUCCUAUGCUUACCAACCAUGAGAGACUAACUCCAACCCCACAGUCACACAGCAGCAAGGAAGCAGAGACUCUCAGUGGUCUGUUCCUUAGUCUCUCCCCUACAAACCCCUUCACUCCCACCCCCUUUAAGGCACCUUCGCCGACAUUUGAUAGAGCGGAUCGGAGAAGUCCCAUAACUCUCACAAUACCAAUCACAGCAGCAGCUGAAGACGAGGAAGACACUGGCAGAAAAAAGAUGUUGCAACGUUACGGCAGCCUUUCUGGGCAGCUCCAAAUGAUUGAGCUAGAGAAGGAUCCUGCUGCUCAUGGCUUGGGAAUUAGUCUCACAGGCAACAAGGAUGGCUCCAGGGCCCGCAUGAGUGUCCACGUGGCUGACAUAGACCCUCAAGGACCUGCUGGUUUAGACGGCAGGAUACGGGUUGGGGAUGAGCUGCUGGAGAUCAACGGUCAGAUCUUGUAUGGCCGGAGUCACCAGAAUGUCUCCACCAUCAUCAAUAACGCUCCCUCUAAAGUCAAGAUCAUUCUCAUCAGGUCUAAAGCAGCUCUGGGUCAAAUGGCUGUCGGAUCCAGAGCAGAGUGUGAGGACACGGUCGACACCCAGAGAGACUCUGCAGAGUGUGGAGGAUUAUCCGGAAACACCCAGCACAUCAUCCUACCUCAGGAUGGCAGGAUAAAGGUUGGAGACAGAAUCAUAGCAGUGGGUGAUGAACCUGUAGCUGGACUUUCCUUAGACAAGGUGUCCAGUUUGAUUCUCAAACACCGGGUCACUGUCAAACUGUCCAUCAGCCACUCCAAGAGUCUCUCUUCCUCGUCGUCUUUACCUCUCCCUGCAUCCAUCCCCUAUCCCUGCUCUACCUCUCCUGCUCCCUCCCCAACUCUACCUGUCUCCUCCUCCUCCUCCUCCUCCUCCUUCUCUCCAUCCCUUACCACCAUGCAGACAUGUCCCACGGGGCGGUCUGAUUGGCUAGAAUCCACUUCAGCAUCUUCUGACCCCUUGAGCUGCCCAAUUGUGGCAGGCAGGGAAACAUCCAUAGAGAUUUGUAAAGGAAACUUAGGACUGGGCCUCAGCAUCGUCGGAGGAUGUGACACUCUGCUGGGGGCAGUAAUAAUCCAUGAAGUGAACAAUGGAGGAGCAGCACAGAAAGAUGGUAGGCUGCAGGCUGGAGACCAGAUAUUAGAGGUAAAUGGUAUUGACCUGCGGCAGGCCACUCAUGAUGAAGCCAUUGGUGUGCUGCGGCUCACCACCCAGCGUGUUCACCUGUGUGUCUUCAGGCACCAGGAGGCCUACAGGGAGGAAGACCUAUGGGAUGUCUUCAGCCUGGAGCUGAGGCCUCAUGCUGGAGAGGAGCUGGGGUUGACCACUGUGGGGAAGAGUAAUGACACGGGCAUCUUUGUGUCAGAUAUCAUCAAAGGAGGCGUAGCAGAUUCAGAUGGCAGGUUGUUGCUUGGUGACCAGAUUCUGUCAAUCAAUGGGGAGGAUGUCAGAGCGGCAUCGCAGGAACAUGUAGAGAAGCUGCUACAGAAUUGCAGUGGAGCAGUCCACCUGGAGGUGGCUCGUUUUAAAGCUGGACUGCAGUACUCACAGCGGAACCAGGAGUACUUUAAGUUGUGUUUUAUCCAGAGCGAAGACUCUGAGUGUUCCACCCUGACACCCUCAAGUGGAUGUGAUGCUUCCCUCAGCCACCAGAGGGAGACAGAUGACAAAAAAGAGAGCCACAGUGAGUGGCACUCUGGCUUGCAUGACACCAAAAAAGUGAUCAUUCAAAAGGGUCCGUGUGACUCCCUGGGCAUCAGUGUUGCAGGUGGAGUGGGCAGUCCCCAUGGCAACGUACCUCUUUUUAUUGCUACCAUGGAUACCAAUGGACUAGCUGCCAAAACACAGCAAUUACAGACAGGGGACAGGAUCCUCAGUAUCAAUGAUGUGUCCACGGAGGGAAUGACUGAUGUCCAUUUGGGAGCCCUGCUGAAGAAUGUCAUCGGAACCAUCAGUCUACAGGUAGCAGCAGGUUCCAGGGGAUGUAGCACACAGGAUCACAGUGAUGUACAAGCCCGAUCAUCAGGCCAAUCCAGCAGCUUGCCCAGCUUUCAUAACAACCUGCGUGCACGCAAAUAUAAGACCAUCACUCUGGAGAGAGGCUCCUCGGGCCUGGGCUUCAGCAUCGUAGGAGGGUUCGGCAGUCCUCACGGAGAUCUGCCAAUCUACAUCAAAACUGUUUUCAACAAGGGGGCUGCCAUAGAGGAUGGUAGGCUGAAGCGAGGAGAUCAGAUCAUUGCUGUGAGUGGCCACUGUCUGGAGGGUGCCACUCACGCUGAAGCUGUUGAUAUCCUCAAGAAGACCAAAGGAACUGUUGUCCUCACUGUUCUCUCCUGA